CCGCCUCGCCCCCAGCGCAGCGCAGCGCUCUCCUGCGUGCAGCAGCCCCGCACCGCCGGCAGCCGCCGCCGCCCCAGCACCAUGGCUUCUGGAGUAACAGUGAAUGAUGAAGUCAUAAAGGUUUUUAAUGAUAUGAAAGUAAGGAAAUCUUCAACCCCAGAAGAGAUUAAGAAAAGAAAGAAAGCCGUUCUCUUCUGCUUAAGUGAUGACAAAAAACAAAUAAUUGUAGAGGAGGCAAAGCAGAUACUGGUUGGUGACAUUGGAGAUACGGUGGAGGACCCCUAUACAGCCUUUGUGAAGUUACUACCUUUGAAUGAUUGCCGAUAUGCAUUGUAUGAUGCCACAUAUGAGACAAAGGAAUCUAAGAAAGAAGACCUGGUAUUUAUAUUCUGGGCUCCUGAAAGCGCACCUUUAAAAAGCAAGAUGAUCUACGCAAGCUCUAAAGAUGCCAUUAAAAAGAAAUUUACAGGUAUUAAACAUGAGUGGCAAGUAAAUGGUUUGGAUGAUAUUAAGGACCGUUCAACACUUGGAGAGAAAUUGGGAGGCAACGUGGUAGUUUCACUUGAAGGAAAACCCUUAUAAAAAGACAAACAAGUGCCAUCUGGAUCUAAGGAGCUUCCAUUUCUGCAGCUCGUUCAAUUGGAAUAGUAUUAGUCUCCCCGUCCCCUUCCCUCCUCAAAAAAUAAGGCCCUUCCCUAAUGCCCCUGAAGGAGAUGUCAUUGUUAAGCAGUCUACCAGUGAUUGCCAUUAGACUGUUUAAUACUGGUAGUUUUAUGUAGGAUCCAAGGAAUGCUUUCACGUCAUACUCUUAGCCAAAACUGACGUCGCAGGCAUUCCUUGCAACAUGUACAAUGAAUGUGAUAGUUAAUGUAAAUAGUCUAGCAGACAGCAAAAGGUAAGCUAAUGGAAUGCCUUGAAAGUAUUGUCCACUGGUCGGAUGGUAGACUCUAUACAGUAUUACUUACAGUUGCACUUGAUUGCAGUUCCAUGAGGCUCUUGUGCAUUCAUACACCUCACCUGCCUUGACAAGCCUAUUUUUGUGACAUGGCAGCACACAACACUAUGCAUUUAAAGCACUUUUUUGUAAUAUGUUUGACCUGCCCCCCCAAAGGAAUGCCAAUUAAGUUGCUGUAACUGUGUCAUCAAAUUAUUGUAGUACCUCAGUUUCAUUCCUGUUACAUGCAUAUCUUUACAAAUGAAGUAGCUGUUACGAUGCCUUUUUGUUUUCCAUUGAAUGUACACUACUGAACAGGAGUAGAAGUUAUCUGUUUACCAUAUGAGUCUUGAAACACUAAAGUUUUGUAAAACAUCAGUCAUGGUGGCAAUUUCUGUAUUAAAAAGAGCCUUAAAUGGAACGUUGUUUUUUGAGAUCAAAAAUUGGCCACGUUGCAAUAAAACUUGUGGCUUAUUACAGAACGUUGCCUUGUUUUCAUUGGAAAAUAUACUUUUUAAGUAUGUUUAAUUUAAGCAUAUUUCAAAUAACUUCUGUGGAAAGUAUUGUGAAGGUAAACAGUCAUUAAUCUCUUCUUGAAUAAUGCAAAUUUUUCAUUCCUAAUCGUGAUUUAGGUACUGCUUUACAAUAUUUUGUGGCUCUGUUCUGAUCAUUUGAUAAAGGACUUGCUCCUAGUUUACCGUUAAAGAAGCUACCACUACCAGAGACCAUUUGUUCCAUGAAACACUUGUGUCAGACGCGUACGAAGUAAUUAACCACGCAGUGUGUUCCAUACCUGAGCGUUCUUAAAGUUCUACAUGUCAGAGUAAACCCUUGCAUGAAAUCUUGCAGCUCGCCAUCUUUCUUUGGGUAAGAUGAUUUGUAGCGUGAGUUGUACACAGAAUAUGAAGCCAGUAAAUAAUCUUUGGAGUUUUUUGAGUGUUGCAUUUAAGACGGACUUGGUACAAGAAACAGCCUAAAUGAACUGUUCUACUUGUUAGCUUCUGUGUAAAUAGAACUGGAAAGUGUUUGCCACUACUGAGGCUUGCAAUGGGGACAUGAUUUGGCUGGGAGCCAAAUAAUGCUCUCCUUAUAGAGAAUUUGAUCUGCUCUGUGUGAACAAUCCUCCGUUAGCCAGAGCUAUUUAUGGCAAACACAUGCUUUUGUAUCUUGUCAUCGUUAUCCACAAAUGGCAAAACUGGACAUGAUUCUCCUGGUAUGCAUGAAGGAGCGCUGUUAGGCAGCCACUGGCAGCUGAACUGUACAGGCUGCGAGAAGGAAUGCUUUUUAUCAUUACCUUAUUUUAAAAAGCUGGUAGAGUAGAACUGUGGAGCUUUUGAAUGCGGGACGUUUGCAUUCAGUCCAUCGCCCUUUUUCAGCAAGGAAGCAGAUAAUAAUAAAUACCUUUUUUGUAAUAGUUCAAACAAUAUGGUGGUACUGUGUUUAGUUUCUGUCGUCCUGUAGAACUUUAAGACUGCUUCAGGCUUCUGGCUGUCCCUAUGACUUGCACACCUCAUUGUGUUAGCUGUUCUAUGUAGACUAAAAUUUACUAGAAUUUAACUAAAAAGGCAUGAUGACCACUGACUUACUAAGUGUAUUAAUGAGUCUUGGUUUUCUACAGAACUCUCCUUUCAGGUACCUUUUAAGGUGGAGAAGUAACUGAUGGUAUGCAUGUUGUCUAGAAAAAACAAGUUUUUAUUCUUAGAAAUAGUCUAUUUCUGAUUAUUCACGUUGUGUGCAAAGCCCAGUUUAAUGUAAAGACCUACUUUGUGCUUUAUCUUUGACUUGAGUUCAGUAUCAUAAAAUGAUCUUUUAACUGAUUUUUUCACAAGGUAUGCUUUCUUUAAAAAAAAGCCAAACCGGAAAAUGUUGAUUUUUAAUAAACCGUUUGAAUUUCAUUUUAGACAGUAAACUUUUUUAAGCAGUACUGUGUUUAAAUUUAUUGUUUGUCUCUGCUGCAAACAGUCUGGAAAGAUGUCUGUGGCUUCCAAGUUGAAUAUUCAAGUUUAUUUUUUUUAAACUAGCUUAGGUGUAUAUUCACUCAGUCCAAGUAGAUAAAAAAUUGAAGCACAAACUGUAUUUAUGUAAGAUUCCUACCAAAACAAGUUGUGCAUUCAAACGGAUCAGCCUGCCUUCAGUUUGUUCUUGAAAUGACUGACUGACUGAUGUGAGGUCCAAUUCAGAUGGCUUGCUUUAAAAAAACCAACAAACCAACAAAAACCAAACCAAUAAAGUGCUACAGAACUGUUACUGUUUGAAUUGUGAAACAAAUGAGAGACAGCUGGCAUCUGUUCCAAAAUGGUUUGUCAGCUGUUGUUUUCUGUCAUUAUGCAAAAUGGUGAGGGCCUCAUUGUGAUAGAGAAGUGGAGGAAAGUCUUCUUGAGUAUCUUUUGUGUAUUUCCAUGUAGACGUGACUUUUGGGUAUCUUGGCUGCAGUUAUUGUAUUGAUAAAGAAAUAUUAGAUGAAACUUUCAUGAAGGUAGCUUGUGAGAAAAUGACAUUUUUCUUCUUAAAAUAUACUUUAAAACCAGCAGCUGUUUGUUUGAUUUGGUAAAUCCUGGAAGAGGUAUAGACAAACAGGUUUGAUUUCUCCAGAAAGGGAAAUCGGUCCAAGACCAGGUGAGUAGGUGAGGUUUAUGCUUGUGGCGAUUUUAGAAAUGAAAACCUUUAAAUUAAUAUGGACUCGAGCAUAAGAAUCACUCCCAGUCAGAUCAUUAAAUGGAUUUUGAGUGUGUUCAGUUAAAACCCAAAGUGUUUCUCUAAGUGGGAGAGUCUUUUUCUGUUGUACCAUUUCCUCAGAGCGAGUGGUGGAAUACAGCAGUUGCCACAGUUUGACAAUAAGCUUUACUCUUAUGCCAAUUCCAGUAUAAACCAAAUUUUCAUGUCUGCCUAUUUUUUAUAAACUUCUGUAAGUUCCCCUUAGUUUGUGGUGGCGAGUUAAUGGUUGUAGAAUGAGAACAUGGCACUAAUGGUGGAUCAAAGAUCAUCAAUGUAGCACCUGUCUAUAAGUAUUGAAUUUCUUUGAAAUAUUUCUGAUUUUGAAAACCUGGUAUAAAUAAAAUUAAUUUAAAUGUC